AUGUUGCUCAGCCGAAAUUCGUCGAUUUCAUCAGCACACGAAGAAGACUCAGCACCGCUUGCCAAUUCAAUUGAUCAGUCGUACGAUCGCUUGACGAACGGCACGGAUGGCGCUAGCCAUGGUCACAAUACCGACGGCGGUCGAAUCGGUGAAAGUGUAGAAUUGUUUUGUAAUCGGUGUGGCAAUUUUGCACAAAUUAUGAAUACAAAAAAUUACACUGGUGAUGAGUUGAUACGUCGCGAAAACAAUUUCAAAUGUGAUAAGUGUUGUCAUCUGAGUGUUGUGAAUGGUGGCAGUGAAAGUGUGGGUAGUGUUGAGGACGACGAGGAAGAACCGGACAUUGGCAUCGACGAUGACAUGGAUGAUGCAGAACUUGAUCCGGAACGGGAUAAUGAAAUGGAUCUGCACAAUGCCAAGGCACUGAGACUGCCUAAGGUGGAGGAGAAAGAGACGACCAUCUUGAAGGAUAACAACACAAAGCCAAUAUUGAAAUUUAGUGUUUCAGCAAUUUUGGGUGAUACUCGAGAAGGAGUGAGGGUGAGAAAUGAAUUCAUUCAGCCGCAACAUAUCUGGCCUUACCUACAACAAAACUUCAUUCACCACACACACUUUCCACAUCCCGCUUUUCUGACACACCAUCUGCACACGCACCCCCUAUCGCAUGCACAUCCCCCCCUCCCACACCAUCCACACCUUCCGCCACAUCAGCUGAAUCCCAUCGGGGCCGCCAAUGGCAAUAGUUGUCAGCCACAAACCGCAGCGUCGUCGUCAUCACCUGGCAGCACAAUCAGCGAUAGCGACAAUCACUCCACCGGCACCGGCGCCAGUAGCAGUGGUAGUGGCAGCAACAGCAACAACAUCACCAAUACAAUCGAUGGCCGACCAUAUGAAGGUGUUGGCAGCGGCCACAAUGACGGCGGUAGUAAUGCCAUCGAGGAUAAUAAUAAUCGAAGACUAAAUUUGCCGACGGCUCAGGAAAAGCAACAACAGCAGCAGGCGUCACCACACCUACAACCACAUUCGGUACAGCAUCAAUUGCAAUCUCAUAUGGCGCCACACCACUCGCCGUUGUCCGGCCAAGCGGCAGGCCAUCAAGUGAUAGCGAAACCAUUGCCCAGUCGCCCUACACCGUUCCUGCCACACAGCCUACAACAUCCGCAUCUGCAUUCUCUGCUGGCGCAUUGUCGAAAUCCCUACAUGAGUGUUGGGGCGCAAGUGUUUCCCCUGCCACCCGGUCAGGGUUUCCCUUGGGCGCACUCAACGCGUGGCAAGCCGCGUCGGGGCAUGAUGCGACGUGCCGUAUUUUCCGAUUCGCAGCGCAAGGGUCUGGAGAAACGAUUUCAGCAGCAGAAAUAUAUUAGCAAACCGGACCGCAAGAAACUGGCCGAAAGACUGGGAUUGAAGGACUCUCAGGUGAAAAUUUGGUUUCAAAAUCGCCGCAUGAAAUGGCGCAACUCCAAAGAGCGUGAACUCCUGGCUAGCGGUGGCUCACGUGAUCAGACAUUGCCGAACAAAAACAAUCCCAAUCCCGAUUUGUCCGACGCUAAAUGUGAUCGUCCCGUCUCACCACUGUCGCCAACACCUCCAUCACCACCCUCACACAGCCUCUCGCCACACCCCAAAGAGGAGCGUGCCAAUGCCGACACACCAACCAACAACGGCGCCAUCACACCAAAUUCCGUGCAAUCGCCGGCAUCAACGCCCUCUGCAUCGGCCACCCUUCAAUCGCCACCUCUCAUGCAACACAUGCCCAACAGUGUAGCGGUUGCUGCCGCCACCGCUGCCGUCGCCUUCAGUUCGGCGUCGAGCAUGCAAAUGAGUUCACCGCCACCACUGUUGACCGUCGCCACCAAAUUGAAUGCCAAUCUAAAUGAUCAAUCAUCAAACGCCUCCUCGUCGACGGCGUCAUCGCCACCGCAUACUGGUGGUGGCAUAGUUAUCGGCGGCGGUUGCGUUGGUGGUGGCUCUGGCGCAAAUAUUGGCAUGCCGCCCUUAUCGAGCGCAGAGUUCCAGGCGAAAAUCAACGCGGAAAUGCAAAAGCAUCUGGCCGCUGCCGAUCUCAAAUUCAAAUUGGAGUCAACCAUCAACGAAGCGAAGCAGCGGCGCAUGAAUAUGCUGAACUUGGCAGGCGCUGUUGGCGGCGGUGGUGGUGAACAACAUUCGCUGCAGCUGCACUCAACACAUUCCGGCGGCAUUUUCAUAAGUGAGGCAUUACAGGUGAACCAUAACCAUCAUCAGCAUGCCGGCAAUGGCGUGCAUUUACCAGCAUCGCCCGCGCCAACGUCAGCGCAUUCCCACGUGAAUCCACACACAAUACCAGCAUUCCAAAAUUCUGAGUUCAUGAAGAUGUACUACGACGACUACGACGACUCGAAUUCAGAUAGUGACGAGGAAAUCAGUGUAACGUGACCGCAUUAAACGAGAAACGCGUUCUGCAUGUGCUUGUACAUACAAAUAUUUAUAUGAAAAGGCUAAGUUUUCGCUAAAUUGUAAAUUAUUCAUAAUUGUAAUGAUGUAUGACUUGGACUAAAUAAUAAAAAAAAAAUGUU